AUGGAGAGAGGCAAUCACACAGUGACUCAAUUCAUGUUGUUGGGCUUCACAACAGAUCCAGUGAUGCAGCUGAUUCUGUUUGUAGUGUUCCUUGGUGUGUAUUCUGUGACGUUGUUGGGAAAUACCACCCUGAUAUUGUUGAUAUGUACUGAUUCCCGGCUCCACACACCCAUGUAUUUCUUCAUUGGAAAUCUGUCUUUUCUGGAUCUCUGGUAUUCCUCUGUCUACACCCCGAAGAUUCUAAUGACCUGUAUCUCUGAAGACAAAAGCAUCUCCUUUGCUGGUUGCCUGGCCCAGUUCUUCUUCUCUGCUGGACUGGGCUAUAGUGAGUGUUAUCUGCUGGCCACCAUGGCUUAUGACCGCUAUGUGGCCAUUUCCAACCCCUUGCUUUAUGCUCAAGCCAUGUCAAGGAGCUCGUGCAUAUGUUUGGUUAUAUUUUCCUAUACUGGUGGUUUUGUCAAUGCAAUCAUACUAACCAGCAACACAUUCACAUUGGAUUUUUGUGGUGACAACGUCAUUGAUGACUUUUUCUGUGAUGUCCCACCCCUGGUGAAGUUGGCAUGUGAUGUGAAGGAGAGCUACCAGGCUGUGCUGUACUUCCUUCUGGCCUCCAAUGUCAUUACCCCCACUGUGCUCAUACUGGCCUCCUAUGUUUUCAUCAUCGCUGCCAUCUCAAGGAUCCGCUCCACACAGGGUCGCCUCAAAGCCUUCUCCACAUGCUCUUCUCACUUGAUCUCUGUUACCUUAUACUAUGGUUCUGUUCUCUACAUCUACUCUCGGCCAAGUUCCAGCUAUUCCCUUGAGAGAGACAAAAUGAUUUCUACCUUUUAUACUGUGUUGUUUCCCAUGUUGAAUCCCAUGAUCUAUAGUCUGAGGAAUAAAGAUGUGAAAGAAUCUCUGAAAAAACUCCUCAAGUUGUUCCAACUCACAGUGUAA